CUUUUCAUUACAGGUGCAAUUCCUAAAAGGUAUAACCUGCUUAGCAAGGGAGCAAGAGAACCUGCUUGACUCAGAGAACAGAGUGUUCUGGCAGUCCUUGCAUGGUAGAGAAGACCCGCGAGUGGACGGCGCAGUGCUGUUUACCCUGAAGAAGCAAGUGUGUGUGCUGGAAACCGCUGACCUCUCAAAUGGAUCGCAUGGAGCUGCAAAAAGUCAACAUCGAACUUGAUGAUCAGAGCAACAGCGGGGAAAGCCUUGAAGACAACUACACGGAGCUGGUUGAUUCAGAAAAGGCUGCAAUUAGGAGUCCAUUUGUUAGUGAUGAUGCAGAAAGUCAGAAGUUCCUUACAAAUGGAUAUUUGGAUAAAAAGAAAUUGGAAGAAUAUAAUGAAGAAUAUCACAGGGGCAGAGCUUCCUUUGGAAUGUCCUCGUUCAACCUCAGCAAUGCCAUUAUGGGCAGUGGCAUCUUAGGGCUCUCCUAUGCAAUGGCCAACACAGGAAUUAUCAUUUUCAUAGUUUUGCUGCUCAGCGUAGCAAUACUGUCGCUCUACUCAGUCCACCUCUUGCUGAAGAUAUCAAAAGAAGGAGGAUCACUAAUAUAUGAAAAAUUGGGAGAAAAGGCAUUUGGCUGGCCUGGGAAGUGUGGUGUUUUCAUUUCAGUUACAAUGCAGAACAUUGGAGCAAUGUCAAGCUACCUCUUUAUUAUAAAAUAUGAACUUCCUGAAGUGAUCAGAGCAUUUAUGAAACUUGAGGAGAGUUCUGGAGAAUGGUACCUAAAUGGGAAUUACCUUGUCAUACUUGUAACUGUUGGGGUUAUUCUUCCCCUCUCCCUUCUAAAGAGCUUAGGUUAUCUUGGUUAUACGAGUGGUUUUUCGCUGACCUGUAUGGUUUUCUUUGUCAGUGUGGUAAUCUUCAAGAAAUCCCAAAUAGCCUGUCCUCUCCCCAUCAUGGACCACGGGGUUGAAAACUGGACCACCAUCAACAACACAGUGCCAAUGCACCUGGUCACGUUACCGAAUGAGUCUCUCAGCUUUGGUGUGAAUUUCAUGAUGGACAACACAGCUGGGCACUUGCCAGGUCUUGAGGAGCCAAAAGAUACCUCCCCCAAAAGUGGUGUAGAAUAUGAAGCACACAGCGACAGUAGUGACUUGUGUCAGCCAAAAUACUUUGUGUUCAACUCACGGACUGCCUAUGCAAUACCCAUCCUGGCAUUUGCAUUCGUAUGCCACCCUGAGGUGCUACCAAUAUACAGUGAACUGAAAGAUCGCUCCCGAAAGCGGAUGCAGAAUGUCUCAAAUAUCUCCAUCACCGGCAUGCUUAUCAUGUAUCUUCUGGCUGCCCUCUUUGGUUACCUUACGUUCUACGGAGAGGUUGAAGAUGAACUACUUCAUACGUACACCAGAGUGUACACCUUUGACACCCUCUUGCUGACAGUUCGCCUGGCAGUGCUCAUGGCUGUAACCCUGACCGUGCCCCUUGUCCUUUUCCCCAUCCGUUCAUCUAUCAGUGCAUUGCUGUUUCCCAAAAGGCCAUUCAGCUGGAUAAGACAUUUCCUGAUUGCAGCAGUAAUUCUUGCUUUUAAUAACCUGCUUGUAAUUUUCGUCCCAACUAUUAAAGACAUCUUUGGAUUUAUUGGUGCCUCUUCUGCUACAAUGCUGAUUUUCAUCCUUCCUGCUGCCUUCUACCUGCGGCUCGUUGAGAAGGAGCCCCUGAGGUCUCCCCAGAAGAUCGGGGCUCUAAUUUUUCUCAUACUUGGAGUAAUCUUCAUGAUUGUGAGUAUGACUCUUAUUGUAAUGGACUGGAUUUACAAUCCCCCAAGUUCCAGACAUCACUAACCUGUGAAGACAACUGAGUGCUUUUUAUACCAUAAAUAUUUGUAUUGUGUGCUCCAAAGGACACCUAAAAAGGACUGUUAUUCCUAGCUAGUAACUGCAGUAUUUUGAAGGCGGUUUCUGGUAAGGUCACUAGAACCAAAUGGAGUCUACGUCAUCCUUUUCACUAAGGAUCAUUAUUUAUGCAUUAGAAACCUGAGCUUAGCCUUUCUGGCCAGGUGAAAUGAAAUGUGUGGUGUGGGUGCUUUCUAUUUUCAAAACCAAAAUAACUGUGUACAUAGUCCUCAAAAAUAGCUUGGUGUCACCCUUUUCAACCUCUCCCAUCAUGCUAAUAACCACAGUUGCUAGAGCCCUGGAAAGGUAAUGGCCAGAAAACCAGCUAGUGCCUUGUUUUCUAUCUGAAGCUCAUGGGAGCAGCUGCCCAGCUCCAAGAGAAGGGGUACAGUUUCUGUAGGGGAUCUGAAAGGUGACUGCUCCCUACCAACCUCUCUGUCAGAAAGAUGAUGGCUUUGAAAGCCAGUGGAAAAAGCUGAGCAUCAGAUUUUUGCCCAAAUUCAUCGCCCUUGGCAGGUGACUGUUGUCAUACAGAGUAAAGCUCUCCGGCACAGGCCCUGUGCUGGGGUGUGGGCUUGAAGAACCAUUGAGCAUUUGCGUUUUGUUGUUAAAGAUGCUUGUGCUGGAAAUGUCAGGCAUUUCUGCUGUGGGUUUUUUUUGUUGUCUUUACUUUUUUAAUUCUUGUGUGAGCUUGCAUCACUGAACAAGUUGUAUCCUCCAUAGAAACUUGUCUUCCAUUCUCAUGGGAAUUUAAGGAGACCACAAGGUGUGGCAAAGCACCCUAUCCAGUAUUGUUCAGUAGUUGUGUAUUUGAUAAAUGUUCCGUGCAGAAAUCUGCAAUUUGCUAUAUAUAAAAAUAUAUGUAUUUAUGUACAUAAUUUUUUGUUUUCCUCUAGUUAUAAAAAUGUUAUCCUGUGGUAAAUGAUUUCUGAAAUUUUUUUUUAUGUGUCACUCUGUUUUCAUAGCCACACACUUAAUAUUGUUUUGAAGAAAACAUAUUGGAUUGGUGGGUUUGUAAAAGGUUCAUUUUUAUUCAGCAGUGUUUGAAAUAUACCUGUAGCAAGGCCUAACUGUUACCUAGAAACACAUUCGGCUGUUUACUACUUAUGUUACAAUAAAUUGCAAGAUGUUUUCCUCUUGAGAAUUUUUAA